AUGUCACGAAUCCCCGUUCCCUCCCAUUCUCCCUCUCACCCCCGCGGCGCAGGCGCUCUUCGUCCUACUUCCCCAAUGCCCGUCUCAUUUCCCUCGGACCGUCCGGUCUCCCCCUCCCCUUUUCCCUCUCCUCGCCACCAGUCCACGACGUCCAUGUCCGCGCUCUCGGGCUCGGUGGCCGACACCAGGAAGAAGCAGAGCAAACGAGAUGAGGCUAUCCGGAAGAAGAUCGAGGGCGAGCUCGCCCGCAAGCGCACGAUUUCUACGACGAACAACAUGCAGCCGCCGAGCAGCGCACGCCGCCGGAACAAGCCCAAUGUGCAGAAGGGUACCGUCGCCGCGCUCAAGCCUAGCCCUGCGCUCACGGUCCCCGAGAACAUCACCGUGUCUGAGGCCAGCCAGCUCUGCGCGGCGAAGCGGACGGACUGCGUGCUCGUCGUGGACGAUGACGAGGGCCUGAGUGGUAUCUUCACUGCGAAGGAUUUGGCUUACAGGGUCUCUGCGGAGGGCUUGGACCCGCAUACGACCCCGGUCAGCACUAUCAUGACGCGGGGCCCUAUGGUCACUCGCGACACCACUAGCGCGACUGAGGCGCUGCAGCUGAUGGUGCAGAAGCAUUUCAGGCACUUGCCUGUCUGCAACGAGGAGGGAAAUGUGGUCGGUCUCCUCGAUAUCACGAAGGUCUUCCAUGAAGCCCUCGAUAAGGUCGAGCGUAGCUCCUCUGCAUCCGAGAAGCUCUACACCGCUCUUGCGGGUGUUCAGAACGAGCUCGGCGGAGGCAUCGCGUCCAACCCCCAGGCUGCGGCCAUGCUCUCCUACGUCGAGACGCUCCGCGAGAAGACCGCUCUUCCCGACCUCACGACCGUCAUGGAUUCUCGCACGCAACCGGCGACUGUGGGCCCGAAGACUACCGUGAGGGAGGUUGCGAAGUUGAUGAAGGAGCGGCGCACCACCGCCGUAUGUGUUAUGGAGCCGGCAACUCCAGGGCAUGUCGGAGCACCGAAGAUCGCGGGUAUCUUCACGAGCAAGGACAUCGUCUUGCGUGUCAUUGCGGCUGGCCUCGAUGCCGGACGGUGUAGCGUUGUCCGCGUUAUGACGCCUCAUCCCGACACCGCGCCGCCUACAAUGACGAUUCACGAUGCGCUCAAGAAGAUGUACACUGGUCACUACUUGAACUUACCUUGUGUGGAGAGCGACGGGCGACUGGUGGCUAUUGUGGACGUUCUGAAGCUGACGUAUGCUACGCUUGAGCAGAUGAACGCCGUGUCCACCGAAACGGCCGGAGGUGAGGGCGAAGCUGAGGGUGGUCCCAUGUGGGGCCGUUUCUUCGACUCUCUCGGCGCGAACGAAGACACGGAGUCGAUGCUGUCAGGCUCCCACUACCACCCCGACAGCGUCGCCCAGUCACGGAGAUUCUCUCGCAGCAUGUCCCACUUCGCGCAGUCUCCUCACUCUGAGGUUCACCCCAACGACUCAGCGUCGGUGGUUGAUGAAGACCAGGAGUCGAUGACAGGCUACAAGCACAAGGAAGAGAACCACUCUCUCGUUGGCCCCGCGCCUUCUAUCCCGCCUGUGGACGACGGCACCUACGUGUUCAAGUUCCGCACCCCCAGCGGUCGUACGCACCGCUUCCAGGCCCGCCACGAUAACAUCGAGACUCUGCGCGAGAUCGUCAGCGGCAAACUCGCGACGGACCCCUUCUUCACCGGGUACAAGAUCUCCGACCCGUCUGAGCUCCCACCAGACCCGACCGACUUCACCCUCUCUUACACCGACGCAGACGGCGACAUCGUGCUCAUCACCUCCGACACUGAUGUCUCCGACGCGGUCAAGAUUGCGCGCUCUACGCACACGGAUCGCGUCGUGCUCUUUAUCUCGGGCGGUCGCGGCUGGUCGGACGUCAUGGAGAAGAAGAGCGCGCUGCAGGCAGAGGCGGUCGCUGCUGCUGCCGCACAGGAGAUGAAGGAAGUGGAGAAGACGGAACUGCCGACUGUGGUGACCAGCGCGAUGCCUCUCCCCACGGCGUAUAUGCACACGCCUCCGCCUUACGCGCAGGCUCCGCCACCCCCUCCUGCGACUCCGGAGAUGGUCAUGGGCAUCCCGAAGGAUCUGCUCUUGCCUGCCAGUAUUGGUGCGCUGGCUGCGGUCAUCCUCGGAGUGUUCACCAUCUCUCGUUUGACUCGGUAG